GAGUUUGGUGAGUGCUUUUUGAGAGAAGAAAAUUGUGAGGAAAAAUCAUAGGAUUUUUCAUCUCUCUUAAAAUAGUAGCUCAGUCCUCUUGUGUUUUCCAAGUUAUUAAACUUGAGUUUUGUGUUUCCCCUAUUUUGUGUAGGGAGAAUUUUGUAAGCCUACUAUAUACAUAGUGGAAGAUUUCUAGACUACGGUCUCGUGGUUUUUCCCAAUUUGGGUUUUCCACGUAAAAAUUCUUGUCUCAUAUUUUCUUAUAUUUUGCACCAAAUAUUUUUCUUGGUUUGGAUCCCAUUUUAUAAUCCAGCAAGAGGGAAAAGAAUUAUCCUGGUUCCGCUGUGCAAGUGUCAUUUAUUUGGACACUCGUGAAUAUUUAUUCACCGCUUUUCCCAACAUGAUCUGCGACAGUGCUCACAAUAGAGUCACCUCCAUCUCACUCUCCGGAAAGAAUCUGACGGGCUACGUUCCAUCAGAAAUCGGCGCGCUUGCUUCUCUCGCUUUUCUUGACCUCUCGCGGAACUCUUUCGGUGGACCUCUGCCGCACCAGAUUGCCAAUCUUCAAAGCCUCGUUCAUCUCGAUAUCUCGUCGAAUAAUUUCAGUGGCUCUCUACCCCAAGGGCUGAUCAAUUUGGCGAAUUUGAGGGGGACAUUGAAUCUAUCGUGCAAUUCAUUUUCCGGUGAGAUUCCGGCGAGUUUCGGCAAACUGCCGAUGACGGUUAGUCUUGAUUUGCGGCGGAAUAACCUCAGCGGAGAAAUACCUCAGGUUGGAUCGCUGCUGAAUCAGGGGCCGACUGCGUUUUCGGGAAACCCUUUUCUCUGCGGAUUUCCGACCAACACGUUGUGUGCAGAGGCGGAAACUGGGAAUAUUCCAAUCAAUCCUCGAAAACCUGAGAUUUCUUCAAAAAAUGGGGAGAUGAAAAGUGGGAUGGUGACGGUUUCAGUUAUCUGUGGAGUUUCAGUGGCGGCGAUGGGGAUGGUGUUUGUGUCAGUGUGGUUGGUGAAGAGGAGGUGGAAGAUGGAGGAGAAAAUGGACGCAAGCAUGGGAGACAAGGGGCAAAAGGGUAAAUUCGUGGUAGUUGAUGAAGGCUUUGGUUUGGAGUUGGAGGAUUUGUUGAGGGCGUCGGCUUAUGUUUUGGGGAAGAGUAGGAGCGGCAUAGUGUACAAGGUUGUGCUCCCCGGAGGGGUGGCGGCCACAGUGAGGCGGCUGGGCGAGGCGGCGUCGUGGCGGCUGAAGGAGUUCGAGGCGAUUGCCAAGGUGCGGCGGCAUCCCAACCUUGUGAGCCUCAAGGCUUAUUACUAUGCCACCGAUGAGAAGUUGGUCGUUGAGGAUUUUAUUGGGAAUGGAAGCUUGCACAAUGCAUUGCAUGGAAGCAUGAGUGGCAAUGGCAUGCCUCCAUUAUCAUGGGCAGCAAGGCUGAGAAUUGCACAAGAGGCAGCAAGAGGCCUAAUGCACAUCCAUGAAUGCAGCAGCAGAAAGCAGGUCCACGGCAGCAUCAAGACGUCGAAGAUCCUCCUCGAUCACGAUCUGAAGCCCUACAUCUCCGGAUUCGGCCUGCCACGCCUCGUAUUCACUCAGAAAUGCGACGUCUACUCCUUUGGCGUGGUGCUGCUGGAGAUCCUAACGGGGCGGCUGCAAGAGGAGGAGAGCCUCGUGAGGAGGGCCUUUCGCGAGGAGAGACCGCUGUCGGAGAUCAUAGACCCCUCUCUUCUGCAUCAGCUUCGACCAAAGAAACAGAUUCUUGCUAUGUUUCACAUUGCACUCAGCUGCACGGAAAUGGAGCCUCACUUGAGACCAAAGAUGAGAAUGGUUUCUUACACUCUUGAUUGCAUCAAAUUAGAGUGACAAAUACAAGCUGCUUCCUCUAGACUAAGGGGGUAUUCGGUUUAGUGGAUUGGACGACAUUUAAUUUCAUGAUAUAUUGUUUGGUUAGGUGAAGCCGGCCUCAUACUUAGUCCGGAAAAAAUGUCAUAUAAAAUUAGUCUUGUCUUAUGAAUUUUGGCCUCUCGUGUAACAAAAUUAAUUUUCAAUAAAUCUUAAAUAAUUCCCGAUUAAA